CAACACCGUUGUACCGCGAGCCGGUGUCAUGGCGGACGGUAAAACUGUAAAAAUGCCGCAAGUUUGCAUAUCAUUUUGAAUUGGAAGAUACUCUUCGAAACUCACCUGGUUUCAAGCAACACGUCUUGUGCAUCAAUUGGGUCGAUACCCUUUAAACAGCAAGCGAAAUGUCGACAGAGUGAUUAUUUCUAGAUCAUAAUUAACAUUGUGUAACAUCGACUUUACAACACGAAUGAAAUGUGGUCGCUGCCUCUUACGAUUUCUGCUGUAGCAUUUCAAUCAACUAAACUUCUCUUCGGAGCUUUUUCAGUCAACAGCUACGCAGAAGAAGUCCCGUUACAUUCGGUGUCAUUAUAGUUCAAAAGUCGACUAUGAUUGUUGGGUUUUUACAGUGUAGAACUCCAUGCUUUCGGGGAUUCACGUUCAAAAGCUGUACGGGCCGCAUAGAGGAGCUAUUUACUCGUCGAUAUAACAAUAGAUGCUUGCAAUUUGAUAGAGCUAGACACCCUUUAAGAGGCAUUGGAGGCAGAUCGCUUGCAUCACCUAGCCGUAGCGUCUUCAGGGUGACUUGUAGACAUUACUGGAACGGUCCAAACUCUUGUCAAUCACUCUCUACAACUUGUAUGGGUUUGCGUGUGAUGACGUCUUGUAGACAAUAUUGGAAUGGACCUGGUGCAGGACGUUCGGUUUCUUCUAGGAUAUACCUACAGGUUAUUGGUACUGUGUCGUCACAGUCAGCACCCAGCGUUCUACUUUUUACAGACUCUCAAAGGUAUUUGUUCAAUUGUGGAGAGAGCAUUCAUAGACUGUCAUGUGACCUGGACAUAUCAAUGGACCCCGGGCGGAUAUUCCUAACUGGAAAUCAGUGGCAGCACAUUGGAGGUCUGUCUUACAUUCAGUACCAGCCACAGGCUUUAGAGCCAAAUGCUGGUAUUGAGGUCCAUGGCCCUGCUGGCACGGAAGACUUUGUUCAUAGUUUGUACACAUUCUCCAAGCGCCAUUUGGUAACUAAACCAUCCAUCACUUGCUUUGAUCAUCACCCUUCUUCACUUCCUCUGUACAAAGAUGAUAAUGUCAGCAUUCAAACUGUGAUAUUGGAGGACUCAAACCCAGCACAGGGUUUGCCAGAUGACUCUUUGUGUUUCAUAUGCAAACUAGCAGACCCUCCAGGGAAAUUCCUGGCUGAAAGAGCCCAGGAGCUUGGGAUACCUGUGGGACACAUGAGGAAGGAACUGCUAUCUGGGAAUCCUGUGGUACUGCCAGAUGGAAGGACUGUCAAACCAGACGAAGUUGUUGUGCCGCCAAAACCUGGCCAAAUAUUUGCUGUGAUUGACUGCUCCACUGCAGAGAAAUUACAAUUACUGACUAAUCACAAAUACUUCCAAGAUCACAUUGAUUGUAAACAAUUAGACCUAAUGAUUCAUAUGACACCAAUGUCCCUGUUUCAAACCAACACUUAUCAGUCGUGGGUCAGAGAAUUUGGGCCAAGAACUCAACACAUUCUCCUAAACACGGAUACUCCAGCAUGUCAAAGACAACUUCAAUUGAACAAUCGCUUACAAAGAAGACUGCACUCGAUACAGCCUACAAUAUUUUCAGCACCCCAUACGGAACAUCCAUUACACACUCAAUGGCUGGAUCUACCGGAUAACUGUGUGUCAGGGCAGAGUAGAAUGUUGUAUAAUUUCCGUCCAGUUAAUAAUGAAGGGCUUUUUUGGGAUGGUAUACCCUCCAAACCAGAUAUAUUCUGGAAAAGUAACAGUGAUCUUGAAGAAUCUGGCUCAAAUUAUAAUGAACAACAAAUGGUAGCACCUGACUCAGAACAGAGUGCAAGACACAAGGAAGAUGGGUUUAGUGUGACAUUUCUAGGAACUGGAGCAUCAAAGAUGUCUAAAUUACGGAAUACAAGUAGUAUGUUGGUCCAGAUAGGAGUGGACUCAUCUAUACUGUUCGACUGUGGGGAUGGGACUUUCUGUCAGUUGAAGCAUCAAUAUGGCAAGCAUACUGGCAAUGUGUUGGCAUCCCUCAAGAGCAUCUUUAUCUCCCACAAACACAUAGACCACCAUAUGGGACUUGUCAACCUUUUAUUCCACCGCCAAAAAGCUGCCUUGAAAAGAAAGAACUAUGAGCCUCUUGUGGUUGUCGGCCCAGAGAGGCUGCUGAAAUGGUUGGAAUAUUACAACAGCAGGCGAAACGAGUUGCAUUACAGGUUUAUCAGUUUCACCGAGGUAAAAAGCGGACAGUGCAAGAACCAACUCAAGGAUCUCGUUUCGUCUCUUGGCUUGUGCAAGCUGUCGGUGGUUCCCGUGGUGCACUGCGACGACUCACAUGGAAUCGUUAUUGCGCAUGCGUCAGGAUGGAAGCUAGUGUAUUCGGGCGACUGCUCUCCGUCAGGGUACCUCGUCAGAGAAGGUGCAGAUGCAACUCUUCUGAUCCACGAGGCGACCUUCCUACCAGAUUAUGGAGAAAAGGAGGCAAAGCUUACUGGACACAGUACGACUGAUGGUGCAAUUGAAGUAUCCAAGAGAAUGCGUGCCCGCUAUACCAUCCUGACGCAUUUCAGCCAACGAUAUAACUUGAAGAGGAUUGUCAAAUGUCGAUUCCCGCCUGGCGUCAGUGUGGCGUUCGACCAUAUGACGGUUACUAGCCAGGAUCUGCCGAGCUUGGACCGAGUACUUCCGAAUCUCCGCCGAGCGCUUUACGGAAACAAGCCACAAAGCUCUAUUAAAAAACAGAGGUGGACAAACGAUCGAUCCCCAAGCCAUUUUGAAGGCCAAACGAGAGGGGCGGUAUUAUCAAAAUCGAUUGGAAAAUCGAUCAUUGGUCGAUGAUGGCUUGGAAGCAUCAAAUGGUGUUGCUAUAGAACCUCGGCCAAAUUUUAGGCGCCAAGGCAUUAGCUCAUUGUGCUAUAGAACCUCGUUAAACCCAACUUCUAGGUGCUAAGACAUUGGUUCGUUGUGCUAUAGAACCUCGGUAAAGCCAACUCCUAGCGCCAAGGCAUUGGUUCGUUGUGCUAUAGAACCUCGGUAAAGCCAACUCCUAGCGCCAAGGCAUUGGUUCGUUGUGCUAUAGAACCUCGGUAAAACCAACUUCCAGGCGCAAAGGUAUUGAUUCGUUAUGCAGUAGAACCUCGGUAAAACCAUCUGCUAGGUGAUAAGGCAUUGAUUCGAGUUAAACCUUGUUAAAGCCAACUGCUAAGUGUUAAGGUAUUGGUUCGUUAUGCAGUGGAACCUCGGUAAAGCCAGUUGCUAGGGACUGAAGAGUAAGAUCUUGUAACCUUACUUUUUAACAUUUGAAUAGGAGAUAUAAUAUUCGCUGGUAAAAAGGUUACCGCGUUA